AUGCCUCUGGAUAUCGACCCCAACUAUGUUCUGCAGGCCGCGCGACUGAUGGCCAUUGUUGCAGCGGCGCCUCGCCAGGACGACCCUCGCUAUCCGGACUGGGAGACGAGGAUUUACCUCGAAGUGAGUCGGCUUGAAAAGAGUUUCCCGCAGCCCUUGAAGUCGUUGAGGAUGCCUGGGAUCGUCAUCAGCGCGUUGCUGGAAUUCACCCGGGCAUACCAGCAGAAGGCCCUGGCAUGGCUGGACCACAUAUCGAACGACGACGAGAGGAUAUAUAAGAGGUACCCUCUGGCUGUGCACGAGUAUGGGGAGUGUGAGGACCUGGGAAGGCAGUGGUGGACUGAAGAUCCAUAUUGCAAGCUGCCACCGGUGAAGAGUACACCAGCGGAGGGCUGGGGCAAUGUGCCAGCCGAUGACGACACCCAGGGAUGUGGCGAGGAGGACCUGGCUACCAGGGACCUCGUCACCAAGGGGAAAGGCAAGGAGAGAGCUGACAAUGACGUCGGGACAGGCAUGGUGGGUGAGCGUAUCGUCCACGUGGAGGCGGGGGAAGACAAGGGAAAGGGCAAGAGCAAGGAGAAGGCGCAGGGGAAGGCAGCGCAUGCGAUGAGCGAGGAAGAGGAUGGGGGAGAGGGAGAGGGAGAGGGAGAGGAGCAGGAGGGCGAGGACGACGACGAUGCCGACAGUGACGAGGACGACGAUGCCGACAAAGAUGAUGACGAUGAGAUGGCGGAAGACGUGCCAGGUGCAGGCCAGCCCGAAUCCAUUGAGGUCGAUGCGGCGUCGCCCCCUCCGCCAACUGCCAGACCAAUAUCGAUCUCGCCAGCUGCCCCAUCAGUCCGAAAGUGCAAGGCGGUCAUCACAGAGUCGAGUGAGGAGAGUGAGAACGAGGAGGCGGCUCCGAAGGCGAAGCGGAUGAAGCCGAUCGAGGUCGCAAAGGAGAAAGGCGAGGCCCCGACCACCUCUGGCCGAGUGCAGCGUGCGCAGAAGAGGAUGGUGCAGACCGAGGUGGAGGGCUCAAAGGUGAGCACGAAGAAGAGCGGGAAGAGGAAGGCGAAGGAGUCAAGCGAUGAAGAGGAAGUACCGACCAUCAAGCCGCCAAAGAAGAAGCGUGCGACGAAGGAAUACAAGAGCAAGGAGUUCAUCGAAAGCGAAGACGAGACUCCAGCACCACCUUCCAAUCUACCCGCCAAGACCGCAGGGGACUCUAAUGACGGUGUUGUGAAGACGAACGCCCCUGCCAAACCUGUCAAACAGACAACGAGGAUGACGGCGAUGCCUCAUGUCGCACCGAAGGGGAAGGGGAAGGGGAAGGGGAAGGCAAAGGCGACGGCAAAGGGGAAGGCGACGGCGAAGGCGAAGGCGAAGGUGACGGUGUCGCAGAAGGACAUGUGGAAAAAGACGUCCACCCGCGUGUCUGACUUCAUGUGGGCACAUGCAACAGAUUCGCUCGUCCCUUGCAUUGGCUGCCAGGAGAAAGAGUGGCCAUGCAAGCUCAACACCGCCAACUUCGGUCACUGCCUCGAAUCGCUGGUGGUAGAGGGCAAGCCACUGCCCACGUCGCCACCUUCAUACGACGUCAAGGUCGACUCCGAUGAGCCCGACGGUGCAGAACCCAUGGUCAUGGGAGCGUCGAAGCGCAAGCCGCCGAAGAAGACCAAGACGCGCAAUGCUGCAGCAUCCAGCUCCAAGGUCAAGGGUGGCGAGGAGGUCGAGGCGACGAAGCAGAAGGUGACUGUCACGCCCUAUGAAGCCAACGCUGAAGGCAAGGCCUCGGUGGAGAAAUUGUCGAAGUCCAAGCGCGCCACCAAGUCCGCCACCGCCACUGGAGCUGUGGCUCUGUCCAACUCUGGCGAGGUCGCCAACUCUGGCGAGGUCUCCAAGUCUGGUGCGCCUGCCAAGUCUGGUGCGGUCGCCAAACCUGGCGAAGGUAAGAAAUCAGGACCCAAGGCAAAGCCGGUGAGGAGCCAAAACUCAGGUGCGCAAGAUGGUGGCGAGGUCACCAGGACCUCAGUACGUGAGCCGGAUGAGGUCCCGCCUGCCAAGUCUGUUGCGAAGGAGGGCAGGCAGAUGACAAGGGUGGCGAUGGGAGGUCGCUCAGGCCCAAUGGUGCCCGUGAUCACCAGGAAGGCGAAGGCGAGUGCUCCGAAGGCAGCAGCCAAGAUGCCUCUGGUGGAAGGCGAUGGCAUGGAGGAAGCUGCCAGGCUGGCAAUGGAGGCGGUGCGGGCUAUGGCCUUCCAAACAGGGCCAGCUGCUCCGCCGCAAGCUAGCAGCAGCAAGCGCAUGCUGACACCAGUCGCCGACGAACCAGAGGAUGCACCAGAGUAUCAGGCAGAGGUGGCGGAGGAUGAGUGCGUGUCCUUGGAGCGGCCACACGACGAUCGGCGGCGUUCGCUGCUGAUGCCCCACGAGACGAGCGCAGGAGCUGCCGAGGUGGCACAGGAGGUGACGCCCUCCCUGGAGAUAUCCAAGGCGUCGAAGGGAGCGAAGUCCUCCACAUUGGCGAAGGCAGGACAUCUCGAUGAAGGGCGAAGGCCAGCUAAGAGGGGCGCCCCACUGGACCGCAAGGCAGCGAAGAAGGAGGCGGAGGCGAAAAGGGAUGUGAAGGCGAACCGCCUCAGAGCAGUGCCUCCGACCAGCAAGGCACCCCACUUGCGCGACGUCCAGCGAGUGUCUACAGGAAGUCCCGCUCCGGUGAACGAAGGCGACACCCCCAGUGGCGAAGAAACCUCGCAGUCAUCCAACGAUGACUGCGCGAAUUGUGCCGAGUUGCGACAGGAGUUCCUGGUGCACAAGGACGGGAUGGAAGUCCAAUUCCAGGAGAGGAUGGCGGACCUCAACACCGUCAAGGCAGAGAUCACAGCGGCACUCCAGCGAAUCAACCCGCCAUCCGUAUUUCAAGAAAAUGCCCGGAGCAUUCGUGAAGAGGUCAAGUUGGCGAUGGAGGAGUUUCGCAGGCCGGUCACCAUCGAGCUUCAGGAGAGCGUGAAGUUGGCGGUGGCGGACCUCGUCGCCAAGCGACAUUGCCUGCCAGAGCUCAAGGAGAAGGUCAACAGGUUGGAGCAAGGCGCGAACCAGAUGGUGAGCCAAGCGGAUGUCGACAAGCUGCAGGGUGAAUUGGCCGACCUCCGUCAUUCGAUGGAGCUCCAGGCAGCGCAGUCAGACAGCAUGGAGAAGGAGCUCAGGUCUUCGGCGGCAGAGGCGAUCGCUCAAGCGAGCAAGCUGGAGAUGGAAUUGGCGCUCGCCAAAGAGGAUUCGAUGGCGGUGGCAAUGUCCGCUUUGGAUGAAGCGAAGAAGGUGGGGAAGGAGGUGGCGACGGCGAGAGAGGAAACCUCACUGGUGGCAAAGUCUCUGGACGCAUUCCGAGAGAAGGUCAACUCCGCCAUGGUCUUCACCGCCUUUCGCCCAGAUAGCCACAAUGUGUAG